AUGUCAGGCCAGUAUCCGUACGCACCGCCGCCGCCGCCGCCACCCUCCGCGGCACCUGCGAGCGGCUAUUCCUACGGGCAGCAGUCAUACUCGCCCGUACCUCGUGGUGGUGGCAGUAGUACACCUGGCAGUGGUGCUGGAAGGGGCCGCGUAUAUGGGCAUGGGCAGGGCCAUGGUCGUGCUGAAUACGGUUCCCCGUCAUACGGCGGAUACGGCCAGCAAGACUACGCCCACGCUCCUGCUCCCUAUAGCCAUCAACCAGCAAACGGCUACUGGAGCGGCAAUCCUGCAUCGCAGUCUGGCGCACCUCUCCCUCCAAAUAACUAUCACCCCAAUUACGCUCCACAGACUUACGCCGCACAACCUCCCAGCACAUACCCUUCGUCAUCGUACCCCACUGGCGGUCAGCGCCCGCCCUACCAGGCGUCGUACAACUCACCCACGCCCGAGUACCCGGCUCAGCCAUGGGGCGACGCGGGCUCACCCUACUCUUCCUACUCUAACAGAGGCGGACGUGGCGGGUAUCCCCAGGGUGAUCGAGGUGGUCACAGACCGGAUCCUGCCUCAUCUGCCAUGCGUAUGGGCUAUGAUCAGAGCCCCGCGCACUCUACUCAAGCGAGCGCUGGCUACGGCCAACAGUACCCUCCCCCCUCCCAUCAUCCUACCCCGGCAUACUCCGCCCCCUACAGUUCCUACCCUCCUACAACAGUUCCAGCUUACCCCGGGCCUGCUCCGGCUCCGGCUCCGUACGGUCACAACGCACACAAUUCUAACAGAGGUCGCGGUCGUGACGGGUUCUCUGGGCACUCCAGGGGCCGUGGCGGCCACCACAACGACCGGAAUGACAAAUUCCGUCACAAGGGCCAGCGGCCGCCGCAUCACGAGCAUCAUAACGCUCAGAAGUCUGAUGCAAUGUCUGGCAAGAAAAAGAAACGCAAGACCAACACGCUAGGCUUAACACCCGGCGAUGGUCUGGACUCUGAUAAGGACGAGGCCGACGAGGAAAAGCGUCUUGCCGAGUUCCUUGGUAACGACGCCCCGGUUGUUGCCGAUAUAGCUGCCUAUAUCGCUGAGCGUCGGGCCAACUUCCCAACCAAGGCUCGCAUUCAAGCAAAGAAGGAAGCUGACGAAGCCAAGCGGGCCGCAGCCGCCGAAGUCGGCCAGGAGCAGAGGCCAGCUCCAAAGGUCGACAAGGACGAGGAGAAGGCCGAGAAACUCCGUCGGCAGCUGGCCAAAGUAGAACGAAAACUGGAGAAGAGGAAGCGCGAGACCAAUGACGAAGGCGAUGAGAUGCGUGUUUCCAACGCAGACUCGGAUUCCUCCAGCUCUUCAGACGACGAGCCGCCCGAGACACAAACCACCCGCAAAGAUGCGUCGUCUUUCCAGCCUCCUCCCCCCAUUGUUCGGGCUGAUCCCAAGGCCCACUGCAAAUACUACGCGACUGGUGGCCAUUGUGGUAAGAAGGGCAAGUGCCGCUUUGUCCACGACCCCGAAAUGCGCGAGAAAGCUCUCCAAGAGCAGGCUGCUAAUGGCGGCCGCAUGACGUUGAGGCAGCGCCUCGUGGUAAACGAGAAAGAGAUCGAGGACUUGGCCAUCAUCCAGAGCAUAGUGAACUUUCGAGAGAGCGGCAAGAUGCCGCAGCCUCCCAAGCCCACGUCGACCACAGUCAUAAGCUCUACAUGUACGAGCCCCGUCCUGACAGAGAUACCUAUAAGGCAAGAUUGCCCUAACAAGAGACACAGUGCCGGCCAAACCAUCGUUCCUCCCGCCGACGCCGACACUGCCCCCGACCCCCCGGACUUAGUACAGGUAAAGCUAUCGUGGGUUUUGAACAUGUACAAAAGCCUGCCUGCUGGAUUCACCGAUGUCUCCCUUCUCGAUAUGCAAGGCAACACCGACCGCGACCGUGACGAGCGUCGACGACGCCGUUAG